AUGUCCACCAAAACUCAAUCUCGCGGAUCCUCGCCCAGCAUGUCUGCUCGACCCAAACUCAUGAGAGCACAUGCCACGGCGCCUUCCCUCGUCACCGGCAAUGCCUUGCGUAAGGAUCUCGCUACGCUCCAUGCUUCGACCAAAGCAGCGUCGAUUCUCACGAGGGUGGCUAGCUACUCGGCUCAGCAAGAUCACAUGAAUGGCGGCGGCUCGAGGAGAGAUAGCAGCAGUGCGUAUUCGACGCCUGGGAAUCGCAGUCCUCGAAGUCCAGAGAGUGGGAGCGGAUUGGCCCGGAGCUGUAAGCAGGAAUUGGGGAUGAAGGGGUGUUCGGGUGGUUUUCAGUGUUAG